GGAUGAGUCGACUUCGUUUAGAUAUUUGGCGUCCGGUGCAUGAUGUUAAAUAAUCAGUUUACUAACAAAACCCACGCUUGUCUUCUUCAUGCAUUUAGUUUAACUUAAAGACUUAAUUGUCACUUUUUUUAGAAAAAAGGUGCAGCAAUCACGCUCAGCAGGUGCUGCGUGACUUCCUUUGUCCGCUCCCCCCACGCGCCACUUCCCCGGGGACAGAUGGUAUCUCUCUGUUGCUAUGGAGAGUGAUGCAGACUGAUAGAUAAAACACGCAGGCACAGGUCCAGAUGCCACGCGCCUCAGCUCUGGACCAGCUUUACACAUGUAAAGCAGCGGCGCGUGCCACUGUCCAAUUUAUAAAAAAAAAAAAAUCAGACGUGAAGUCCGCUGUUCCAAACACAGAAACAUUGACAAACAGUGAAUUUAGGUUUUGACACUAUACAAAUAAAGUGGAACACAGAAGUAGAAUAUUAUGUGCAUUCAUCUAAUUCAGGUAGAGAAUCUGUAAAUGGAAAACACUAGGAGCAGCUUCAUGUGGAUCAACCACAUAUAGAUGAGGCUGAGGCGACACAUUAUUAACCUGCUGCUUUUCAUUUUAGUCCCACUCAACUUUCACUCUUCAUUUUGUGCCGUUUAUUCCACUCUGAGCAUCAAGUCUACAUUAAUUUUUAUCAUUCGCGUUAUUAAUGCACAUCAUCAACGACCUUAUGAUAUAAACUCACUGCUGACUCUAAAAGAUCACAGCUCUUGGACACGUUUAGAGAGUGUAGUUGGUUCCAUGAUGUAGUGAAAUGAAAAGAUGUCAAUAGUCAACAGACAGAGCUACAAUUAUGUGACAUGUAUGUUUCCUCAGCUCCAACUUUGAGGUCUUUGGUGACACUGUCCUUGCCUUCACGGUGUAAUUAUUCCUGUAAGCUGAAGGAGUCAUUUGAAGGUCAGAGGGUUUCUACAUCUAAUCCUUUGAACCAGAGCUGCCCCCAACUUUUUCAGACUUUCUAUAGACACGCGUCCCUGAGGAAGGGGAGGGGGCUGCAGGCCUGUUGUCACCAUUGUUGUCCCAGCAGCCAAUCGGUGACUGAGCGUGUGCCCAGUCUGCGGUAUAAAUGCUGGCAAACUGCAGGAAGCAGCACAAACAGCCUUUCUUGGACUUUCUGAUCACAUCAACCAAGUGUUAUAUACAAGUCAAGCAUGCAAUCCCCUGGAAAAUCUCUGAAGGAAGCUCUGCUCUGUGCUCAGGGUGAGGACCGGCUCACUGUUGGAGUCUAUGAGAGUGCUAAAAUUAUGACUAGCGAUCCAGACAGCGUGUCCUUCUGCGUCCUGGCCGUGGACGAGGAGUUCGAGUGUGACAUCGCGCUCCAGAUCCACUUCACCCUCAUCCAGUCCUUCUGCUUCGACAACGACAUCAGCAUCGUGAGAGUGAGCGACAUGCAGCGUCUGGCUGAGAUCGUUGGCGACAAGGCGGAGCAGCUGGAAGACGCUCACUGCGUCCUCAUCACGAACCCGGGGGAUGGGUCUUGGGAGGACCCUGCUCUGGAGAAGCUGCACCUGUUCUGUGAGGAGAGCCGUCGCGUGAACGACUGGGUUCCCGAGAUCAGCCUCAGCGCACGUUGAUCCGGGACUCGAGGCCUCUCUUGCGCAGAUGCUGCGAAGCUUCUUAUUUGGAACUACUCAUCCUUGUGAACAGGAUGAGCCCGUUUCUGCUCAUCCCUGGAUGCUCCUGAGGAGGUACCGGUCCAGGCAGCGCGGCGCCGGUCCGAGGAGGGCCCCCGCGAACCGUCGCCUCUCGUCGCGUCCGUGCCAAGAUGACGCUCAUUCUUUGUGUGAACGAGGUCAGGCACGAAGCGAGAGCGACACAUCGACCCUCAUUCUUUGUGUGGAUGAGGUUUGGAGAGGAAGGAGAAGCGCGUUCUGCGUCCUGUGGUCCCACAGAGCAAAUGUCGCACGUUGAAGCACGCGCAGCAGGAGACGAAGCGGUGCUGAGGAAGAGGCCUUGUUAAAAAGAGACUUUUUACAAGUGCCCUCUUUGCUGAGCAACAUGACAACAGUUGCAGUCAGCGGAAAUGUUUCCCACUUUCCAGAAUGGUCUUAAUUCUCUAAAGGUUUCACUUUAGAAAUUUAACGAUGACAAAAAUAUAGAAAAAAAAAACAUAAAAAAGGCUUCUCUAAAGGUUUCACUUUAGAAAUGACAAAAAAGCUCUCUUUAAAAAACAUUUAUUGGAAAAAAGUAUCUAAAGGUUCCACUUUAGAUACUUUACACUGAAAAAGUACAAAAAAACAAACAAAUGAUCUAGAUUCUUAAAAGAAAAAGUAAGACUGAAACUGUUUCACUUUUUGACAAGUUUUACUGUAUUACCUUCAAAUUAAUUAAUUUGUUCACUGCUUGUUGAAUUAUAAAAUGAAAGUUUUAAUAAAAUCUUUGAAUUCAUUUUCACUAUGACUGUUUAUUGACAUUUUCACCUGAUGGUAAACGUUGCGUGCGUGGAUGAAGUUGACUCUUGAUAGACAGUAUUCAGUUCUCUCAGCUUCA